AAAAAAAAUUGUCAUAAAAGUUAAAUAUUUUUGUUUAAAUUACAAAUUAUAUAUUAUAAUUAGUUUAUAAGAUCACUGAGUAUUACUGUUUAUAUAAAUUGGACAACAAAUGGUUGCUUAAAUAUACCUGCAGUAAUUUCUGUCAAUAUGAAGUUUACCAUAGAAGACAACAUAAAGAAGUUUUACCCAACUGUGGAAGAAUCUCGUAUUAACAACAAACUUAAAUGUACAGAGGAGGGAUGUAAUAGUGUGUUUGUCUCAGAAUCAAACCUUAAUUUGCAUCUGGUAAAGACCCACAACAGAACAAACUUGAAGAGCGAUACAUGCCAAAAACAGUACUUUUGUCCUGAGCUGGGAUGCCCCUAUCACACAAAAAAAUAUUUCAGAAAGUUAAAAAUACUUCGAACACAUUAUACGAUGACACACUCACCGGAGCAGUUUGAGUGUUCAACAUGUGAUAAAGUAUUUCCACUUGAAAAAGUACUGUCUCGGCAUGUCGAAUAUUGUGGAGUCAACUUCGUAUGCCAUCAGUGUUCUGCUCACUAUGCAACAUAUGAAGCUUUACAGACUCACGGUAGAAGAAAGAAACAUAUUAUACCUGAGAAAACCUUCUAUAAACUAAAUAAUAAAGAGUAUGAAGUGAAAAGUGAUACUGUGGUACAAAGUAGUGCAGUUCCUAUUUUGCCUAAAAAUGCUGUUGGUUUUAUUCUAGUAGUUGAUUCAAUUACUAAAUUUAGUAGGGAAAGCCAAACAUAUGCUGAAGUACCUAAAUUUGAAAGCAAAAUGGUGCAAGUAUCUUCGCGAUUGGAAGGCCAGAAUAACCAACAAACGCAAACAGGAACCAAAAACCAAUUGUCGACUGUGCAAACUCAGACCAUAGGAGGUUACAAUCAUAGGAAGAGUAGUGCUAUUAGUGAUAACCCUUCCACACAGAAAACUUCAAAUACCCAAACAGAUAUUGUAGAAUCCAAAAAUUCGUCUUGCAAUACUUCGUAUAACAAAGACGAAUUUUUAACCAAAAACAGUGUCCAUAUGAAUAGUUCAAGUACCCAAACAGGAGAGUGUCUUUCUUCUUACACAGCUUCUACUCAUACUCAUGAUUCAAUUUAUACAAAUACAUCUGACCUGCUUAAAGAAGAUAUGAACGAUAAUAUUGGUAGCUUUGAAUUUGAUAAUUGUCAUAUGGAGACCCAAACCGACUUCAUAUUGGAUGAUGUAAUGUUCAAUGGCGAUUAUAUGACUAAUAUGUAUACGCAAACCUGUGACGAUAUUUUAAAUGACCUAGGAUUUAGUAAUAUCCAGACACAGACUGCAAUUGAUGAUAUAUUGAAAUCAGUAGAAAGCCAAACUGUCAUGUCAAGAACCACUGCUGGUGAAAGAGAUAUGACACAUAUGGAAACUCAGACUGACGUUAUUUUUAGAGAAAUGUUGGAGGUUAUUAACUCAUGACUGUAACUUCAUUUUUUUUUUCAAGGCAUUUACGUUACUACAAUAAUCCAAAUUUUAUAUGUAUCAAUAAUAUAAAAUUUCAAUAAAAAUGAUUUAGAAAUC